ACGAAGUCAGUGGCAGUCACUCUCGCACGCGAAAAGUCGGAGAAUCAUGUGCAUGCAGCUGAGCACACCGACGACUAUUGCUCAGCCUCUUGAGAACAGUGCCACCGACAAAGCUUCAAUGAGAAGCAUGUCAGUCAACGGACAAGUUGGGGACAAGUCAAAGCUAACUGUCACCUCAGCCGUACAAAACUCUCGCGUCCAUCUGAGUGCGCCGUGAGCAGACAAACAAACCCCUGAAUCUGAACAAGCUUUAUAAAGACACGUUGACAACAACAAACGAAUCUUGAGUGAAGUGGAUGUCUAUAUACAUGGCUCUGUGGAUAUUCGUCAUCACCUUCAUCAAGAGUCUUCAACUAGAAGCCUUUGACCGCAACAACAUCGACUUGGGUUGCAACGUAUACUUGAAAGACAGCGAUGCAACCAUCAAGAGUGUCAAAUUCAACAUCGAACAAACCGAUCCGCCACGCAUCAAAGCAAGUCAUACACUAGGUGGCGUUCAUGCUUAUCUCGCGCUGCGUGGCGGACCUGGUGGUGAUUGGUUACAAGCGCGUACUGUACGAUUAUCCACAUCGGAGAUGUGCCUGUAUCAUAAACCAACAGAUUGGUGUUUAUUGACAAGUGUCAGUAAAGACGGUGAAGCGUCUGCUGUGUCACCCUUUCGACAGGGAACCGUGUGGACUUGGAAUGGACUGAAAGUGGUCAAUGUCUCUUAUCAGCAGAAUGGAGACCAGUCUGGCUGGACGCAGAGUAUUUCUGAGAUGGACACGAAUACUGUUCAUUCACAGCUGACGUCUCCCGCCAGCAAGAUGAACAUAUUGUCGAUUGGUACUGAUUACAUGGGUGAAUUCAAGACUCAAGCAAUGCUGC